CCCUCGCGGUUUGCUCCAGUAGGCAGAGCUUUCUAGCAAUGGGAGACCGACGAAGAAGGGUCGCCGGCGCGUGCUUCUGUUUGAGCUUCAAGGUCGAUUCGAUUGUCUUCCGAUUCGGUUUGGUGAGGCUGUUGCUCGAUUUCUUCCGAUGGGCAUUAGGUGAAGAUGGUGUGAGUUGAGUGGAAUCCGGAGAAGGAUUUGCUGGCGAUGGUCACACGGAGGACUCGAAGGUGGGUGGUGCUUCAUCGCUUCGAUUGGCAAGAGGCUGUGGACAACCUCUCCUGUGUAACAUCAUUAUGCUGGCGUCCUGAUGGCAAGGUUGUUGUCUUGGGACUUGAAGACGAUACAGUUUUACUGCAUGAUUUCGAACUGUUAUGCACACUGUGGUAUAAUCAAUCUAACAGGGUAUAUAUAUUAAGCAGAAUGGAAAACUGUUAAGAAGCUUGGAGUCCCAUAUGGUAGCUGUGGUGUCUCAACUGGGAGGAGGAUGCCUAAUUGAAUAGAGUAUGCAUCUUUCAACUUAAAAUUUGAUAUGACUUCAUGAUCUUUAUUACCAAUAGCAGAUAUUUUAUGGCUCACGCCUUUCAUAAUGCUUCGUUUCCAGUUAAGUAGUUAUGUUAGUCUAGUUUUCUUAAAUACUUCUUUUCAAACUUGGAAUCUUAUGUCACAGUCCAACAGCUUUAGUAUGGGUUUAUGGAAGAUUUUUGGAAAGCGUUUGUUUGGUGUCAUCUGUAACUUGUUGAUUUGUUUGGCUCCUGAGCUUUAAUCUCAUAUUUUUUCAUCUUUUAAUUUUCCAACUGGAAAGU